AUGAUCCGAAAACAAGCCCGAGAACGUCGCGACUACCUGUACCGCCGCGCUCUGACUCUCCGCGAUGCCGAGCUCGCUUCGAAAAGAGCAGCACUAAAAGCUUCACUCGCCAGCGGCAAGCCUUUGUCCAAAGAUGUCGCCGAGGACCAGACCCUGCGCCAGGACUACAAAUACGAUGAGAGCAGGGCGGAUAGGACAGCAGAGGAAGAGCUCGGGCUAGACGAUGAGUAUGCGCAGCUGUCGGGCGUCGUAGAUCCGCGGAUAUUGGUCACAACUUCGAGAGACCCGUCAAGUAGACUGGGCACCUUCGCCAAGGAGAUCAGAUUACUGCUACCCACAGCGAUACGAUUGAACCGUGGAAACAUGGUCCUGCCAAACUUGGUCGAGAGCGCAAAAUCGGGCGGACUGAGCGACAUAGUCUUGCUUCACGAGCACCGAGGAACGCCCACGGCAUUAACAGUUUCGCAUUUCCCUCACGGCCCAACCGCCAGCUUCUCACUACACAACGUCGUUCUCCGCGCCGAUAUCCCCAACGCCUCCCGCGGCACAGUCUCCGAAUCCUACCCCCACUUAAUCUUCGAAGGCUUCUCCACCAAGCUAGGACAGCGCUGCGUACAGAUUCUAAAACAUCUCUUCCCGCCCCGCGAAGCCACGGCAAAGGUCGGUAACCGCGUUGUCACGUUCAAGAACAUCGAGGAUACGAUCGAGGUGCGACAUCACGUCUUUGUCAAGACAGGUUUCCAGUCGGUUGAGCUGGCCGAAGUGGGACCGCGGAUGAGCAUGCGAUUGUUCGAGAUUAGGGCAGGGACGCUGGACAACAAGGAGGGAGAUGUGGAAUGGCAUCUCAACCAGUACACGAGGACGGGACGGAAGAAGGAGUACUUGUAG